AUGGCCCUGCCCUUUUCCUUCUUGGUGGCCCUGGUGGUGCUCAGCUGCAGCUCCCUCUGCUCUCUGGGAUGUGACCUGCCUCAGAACCAUGGCCUUCAUAGGAGGGCCUUGAUGCUCCUGAGACAAAUGAGAAGGAUCUCCCCUUUUUCCUGCCUGAGGGACAGAAAUAACUUUGCCUUCCCCAAGGAGGUGCUUGAUGGCAAGCAGUUGCAGAAGGCUCAAGCCCUCUUUGUCAUCCAUGUGAUGAACCAGAAGAUCUUCCAUCUCUUCUGCACAGAGGCCUCAUCUGCUGCUUGGAAGACGAGCCUCCUAGAGGAAUUCUGCUCCGGACUUUCUGAGCAACUGAGUGACCUAGAAGCAUGUCUCAUGCAGGAGGCUGGGAUGGCAGAGACUCCCCUCAUGAAUGUGGACUCCAUCCUGAGGAACUACUUCCAAAGAAUCUCCCUCUAUCUGCAAGAAAAGCAAUACAGCCCUUGUGCCUGGGAGAUUGUCAGAGCAGAAAUGAUGAAACCCUUCUCUUCAUCAACAACCUUGCAAGAAAGGUUAAGGGGCAAGAAAUGA